AUGCCAGUGAUAGGCCGCAAGCUGCAGCUAGCAGCAGCUCUGCUGCUGCUGCUGCUGCUCCUUGGCCCGGGGCCGCAGUCCCCCACCUCCGUGGCGGCCCAAAGCAUACGCUCUCAAAGGCCACGCAGCCUCCGCAGCCGUUCCGUGCGGCCCUCUGUCCCCGCAGCAGCAGCAAGGCCGCAGAGCGUGAGGCCGCCAGCAGCAAGGCCGCCGCCGCCGCAGCAGCAGCAGCAGCAGCGGGUCGCCCCCUCCCCGCCGCAGCAGCAGGUUCAGCGACAGCCGCAGCAGCCGCAGCAGCCGCACCAGCAGCAGCAGCAGCAGCCGCACGGGCAGCAGCAGCACCCGCAGCAGCAGCAGCUACACGGGCAGCAGCAGCACCCGCAGCAGCAGCAGCUACAUGGGCAGCAGCAGCAGCCUCAACUGCAAGGGCAGCAGCAGCAGCAUUAUGGACACCAAAAGCCGGGGCCUACUCCAGCUGCUUCUAGCCCUCCAUCUGCUGCUGCUGUUGCUGAGAAGCAAAACCAGCACCCCCCAGCCGCUGCAGCAGCAGCAGCAGCAGCGCCUGCGGGCCCGCAAACGCAUGCAGCAGCCACAGGAGCGCAGCAGCCUGCAGCAGCUGCAGCAGCAGCGCCCCAAGCUGCAGCACCUGCAGCAGCGCAGCAGCCUGCAGCAGCAGCUCCUGCUGCUGCUCCCACGCCUUAUGGCUUUUCUUCGGGCCCUGCUGCUGCUGCUCCGCAGCCGCCGCCGCCCGCCUAUCCCUACCAGACCUUUCACCCGCAGCAGCAGCAGCAGCAGCAGAAGCAGCAGCAGCAGCUGCUGCAUGAGCAGCAGCCGUACGGGCAGGGCCCCCACUUCGCAGGCCAGGGGCCCCCUGCUGCAGCGUGGGGCACCCCUGGAGCUCCAAUGAGUGGCGUGGCGCAGCCAGCUGCUGCUCCUGCUGCUGCUGCUGCUGCUGCUCCUGCUGCUGCUGCUGGGCCUUCGCUGACCCGCACAGCUGUCACUUCUGCUGUUGGUGCUGCAGUCGGCAGCAUGGUGGGAACUGCUGUUACGCAUUCGCUGAUGGGCCGUUCUGGAAGCCAGGAGAAGCCUGCUGCUGAGCCUGCUGCUGCUGCUGCUGCUGCAGCUAGCAGCAGCAGCGACGGCGUUGCUGCGGCGCCGGCCGCUGCCAGCAGCAACAGCAGCGGCAGCACCAGCGGCGGCGACGGCAGCAGCAGCAGCAGCAGCAGCCCCGCCGACGACGCCACCGCCACCAGCAGCAGCAGCAGCAGCAGCCCCGCCGACGACGCCACCGCCACCAGCAGCAGCAGCAGCAGCAAGGCCAUUGUGCGGCUGCUGUUUGCAGGUGUGGGGCAGCAGCAGCUCGAAAGCAGCUUCCAGGGGCCCCAGGCCUUCGGGCAAAAAGUACACGAGGCAGUCUUGCAGGCUUUGGGGGUAGCAGCAGAAAGAGUGGCUCUGGAGGAGGUCUCCGUCAGCAGCAGCAGCAGCAGCAGCAGCAGCAGCAGCGGCAGCGGCAGCAGCGGCAGCGGCGAGCUGCAGGUGGUCGCCGUGCGGCUGGCGCUGCUGCCAGACCCGCAGCAGCCAGCAGCAGAACCAACAGCUAGCCAGCUAGCCACAGAGCUGCAGCAGCAGCUGCUGCUGAAGACUAGCCACUUGGCCAGGCUGCUGGCUGCUGCCUUCCCGCUGCUGCCGCAGGCCACCACUGACACGGGGGGCCCCCUGGGGGCCCCCUUGGGGGCCCCCGUGGAGGGUCAGGGGGGCCCCCUGGAGGGUCAGGGGGGGCCCCAGGGGGGCCCCCCGGGGGGCCCCGGGGGGCCCCCUGAGGGGCCCCCGGCGCUGCGGUCGGGCCGCGCCCCUGCAGCUGCUGCGAGCCCAGCAGCAGCAGCAGCAACAACAGCAGCAGCAGCAACGGGGGACUCGCUGAGCUCGGGAGAAGCCACUGCAGCAAGAGAAGUGGGGCUGCACAGCGUGCUGCUGCUGCUGGGGGGGGCCUUUAUUUUGUGGGUUUGA